AUGGCUAACGGUGAUACAGUCGAUUUCAAGAUAAAAGCAUUUCAGAAAUUCAAAUCGUUAGAAUGGGAUUAUUUCCAAUCAUUAUCAGAUGACAAGAAGAAACUUCUCAGUCCCCAUGGUCGAUUAAAAAAUUAUAAUCCAUUUCAUUUGUUGGAAUAUGGCGAAAUCCUUGCUACAUUGUUCGGUAUCAAACCGUGUACUCUUUUAGCACAUUAUGUCAUGCACGACUAUGCAACAGGUCUCGUUGACAAGGCAUUAAAACCAAUAUUCGACGAGUUUCAACUCGAAAAAGAAGGAUUCGAAUUAUGGAAAUUGAAACCACCACUCACAGAAGAUUACAAAGGCGGUUGGAUCUUUGCAAAUAAAAAACACGAACGGUAUUCACUUGUAAAGCAAAUUUUUACAGCCAGUUCAUCAUCUAUCAACAUGAUCGAUAUUGGACGUGCACUUGGUUAUCCACUUCCAUAUGGGGAAUAUACAAUUCAGUAUAUAGACGAUACCGAAUCGAAGGAGCGUAACACAUGUUGUGUACCAAUGAUAGAAUACACCGUUGGUGAAGGAAAUUUUGGUAUUAUUGUACGGCAUUUCGAUCAAUAUGCAACAUUAUGGAAAAAACUUGGCAGAAAUUUGACGAUUGAUUUUUCCGAACAUCCAUCACUGGAGAAAUGGUUUAUGGAUAUAAAAAAUGGACGAAUCUAA